UUUCACCUUUUGCCCUCUUAAAUUGUAGAAUAACAUGCCCACUUCACGGUCACGCCAUGUGUAACUCAUUCGCAUUCAUUUUCUCACUUCUCAGUGAUCGUAAUGUAUCUAUUCCGUAUUCAUCCUCAGAUAGAGUGACGGUGAGCUUCGCCUUUUUAGCAGAUGGUUACUUUAAUUCCUCCUCUCUUUCCAUCUCCCAGCUGCAACAUCUCUGUCAGCAUCUCUAGGCAUUAGCAUCUCUUCUCUUGUGCACUUCUUCCUCCUUCGGGAACAAAAUUAAUUCCAGAGAGAUGGGUGGGUCAGGGAAUUGGAUCAAGACCUUCAUCAUCAUAGGCCUCAAGAAGCAAGAGCAGGAGAAGAUUGGGAAGAGUGGUGAUGGCAGUGGUAGUGGAAGGAGUGGGAAGUGGAAGAAGCUGUGGAGGAGCUCCUCCUGGGAUCACGUCUCCCUGCGUCGAGGCUCGAGGGGGAGCAGCCACCGCUCGGCUGCCUCAGAGACUUCAGAUAUUUCUUCGAUAACCGCAGACGCCUUCAGUGCCGCCGCCGCUACUGUCGUCCGUGCCACGCCUAAGGACUUCAGGGCAGUCCGCCGGGAGUGGGCCGCCAUCCGCAUCCAGACUGCCUUCCGCGCCUUCUUAGCUCGGCGAGCGCUGCGGGCUCUGAGGGGGAUCGUCAGGUUGCAGGCCAUAGUUCGGGGACGGCAAGUGAGGAAGCAGGCGGCGGUGACGCUGAGGUGCAUGCAGGCCCUCGUCCGGGUGCAGGCACGCGUCCGGUCUAACCGCGUGCGCAUGUCCACCGAGGGCCAAGCCGUGCAGAAGAUGCUCGAAGCCCGUCGCGCAAAUCUUGAUCCUUUGAAGGAAGCAGAGGGGGGAUGGUGCGAUAGUCCAGGAACAAUAGACGAAGUGAGAACAAAACUGCACAUGAGGCAAAGAGGAGCCUUCAGGAGGGAAAGAGCUAUUGCUUAUGCUCUUUCUCAACAGCAACUAAGGUCAAAGGAAUCUCCAGUAUCACUGAAGCAUCGUGGUUUGGAUAAAAGUGCAGGCAAUUGGAAUUGGUUAGAGAGGUGGAUGGCUGCAAAACCCUGGGAGAACAGGUUGAUGGAUCGUAAAAUCCCGAAUGAUCUUUCGGAAAUUCAAUCCAAAGAGGAGGGGUGCGGUGUCUGCUUGGCAUAUUCGGAAUCUAAUUCAGUGAAAGUAUACAAGAAUAACAUCUCCACCCGGGUUUCUGCAAGACCUCCAAACGUGCCUAACAGCCACUGCUGCAGAACACGUUACGCUUCCUCUCCGAGCACUGAAUUUUGCUACAAUGAGAGUUCUGCAUCAUCUUCUUCCUUUUGCAUGUCGACACCGAUCUCAAGCAUUACUCUUUUAGCUUCAGAGAGGGCUGAGGACGAUGACGGAAGUCGUCCCAAUUACAUGAACUCGACUGAAUCAAUCAUGGCAAAGCGAAAAGCAUUGAGUGCAGUAAGAUCGACGUUGCAAGGGCUUUCGUUUGGUGAUGUUCGUUCUCAUCGGAAAACUUUAUCGAGUACCGACGUGAAGGUAGCAGACCGAUUUCACCCUUCAAUUUCUCGUUCCAAAGCAGGCAAUCCACUGCCGUUGAAGGAGAGAAUUCAUUGAGGAGCAUUGAUAAGGAAAACAACUACUAUGCGAAGCAGCGGAAAACAUUUGUAUCUUAGAGCUCUUGUAGAUCUUACUUGGUAUGCAUCAGUACUUUGGGUGUGUUUUGCCUGUUUAACUUGUGUGAUUAUGAUGUUUGAGCAAAAAUCUUUCUAUUGCCAAUAUAGUCGCUUUGUUUCUUGGGUCUAAAAUAUAAGAUCCAUAUAUUAAUUUGUGAUUAACCUAUGAGUUCUCUUCUGUUCCUAAUAAAAAAUAUUGUGCAUUGAUUAA